AUGUCUGAUCCACAAUACUACCUUGCGGAAGCUGAGAAGCUCCUUAAAACACAACUGGGAUUCUUACUGUUCUUAUCUGGUAGUUCUUCUUCCAUGCGUCAAGAAGAAGCCACUGACUUUAUCAUUCAAGCUGCCAAUCUGUAUCGUUUAAAGAAACAGUUUGAGAAAGCUGGUGAACAGUUCGUUAGAGCUGCUGAUAUACAACAUAAGUUAGGCAAUCAUAAUGACUCAGCCAAUAACUUGAUUGAAGCUUACAAGUGUUAUAAAGGUGUUUCACCCACUGAUGCUAUUGAUUCAUUAAAGAAGGCAAUUCAUAUCUUUUUAACCCAAAAUGGUCAAUUCAGAAGAGCAGCUAACUUCACUAAUGACUUAGCUGAAUUAUAUGAAUCGGUAGGAGAUACUCCUAAUGCUAUUCAAAGUUAUGAACAAGCUGGUGAUUAUUUCACUACUGAUAAUUCUGAAGCUUUAGCUAAUAAGGCAUUCCUUAAAUGUGCUGAUUUAUCAGCGUUAAAUGGAGAUUAUAAAAAGGCCAUUGAAUUAUAUGAUGUGAUUAUAAAACAACUGGUGGGAAAUUCAUUAACUCGUUGGAGUUUAAAGGAUUACUUCUUUAAAGAUGUAUUAUGUCUUUUAUGUUUAGGUGAUCCAAUUGAAGCUCCUAAAAAAGUUGAAAAGUUUCUUGAAGAUGAUCCAAGUUUCCAACAAACUAGAGAAUAUAAAUUAAUACAGGAUAUCUUUGAAGCUAUUGAUAAGGGUGAUCUUGAAGGUUUCUCUGAUAAAGUGUUUGAAUAUGAUCAAUUUAGUAAACUUGAUAAAUUGAAAACUCAAUUAUUAUUGAAAAUUAAAACUUCGGUGGUUGAUAAAGAUGAUGAUGAAUUAUUAUAA